AUGAGCAAGGAGGACUAUUAUGCCGAUUAUCUCGAGUUUUUCACGCGCAAGUUUCACGAGGACGGCUGGCAGGCGGUGGUGCAUCGUUAUAUGUUCUCGAGGACAAAAUUGGCGGAUGAGAUGCUGGUGAGACUUUUUGCUGUUCUCAAUGGCAAGAAGGCGGUCGACAUCAGGUUAACCAAAGACGAAAUGAAGGAGAUUUGGGACAUUUUGGAGGCGAACCCCAUCAAGGGCGAUCGGUAUCCGCCGCAUAUUCAGGCGUUCAGUCAGUACUAG